GUCAUCAAGGCUCCAAUCAUUUUAAAGUGGAUUAGAAGGUUUUUAAAUAUCGGGAAAUUGCAACUCCCUCCAAUUUAGGGAAAAACCAACUGACAGUUUUCAAAAAAGGGGAAGGCUAUAAACUUUAGACAUUUCACAAAAUCAACUCAUAAACUUCUAAUUUUACAUACACACGGUCACACACACACACAAAACAGUUCUGAAACACCAAUUCUCUCCGGCGAUUUUGGCGAUUCGUCUACCGGAUUCCUUUUUUGUCCGUCACAAAUCGCCGCCGUGCUCUCACCGCAACUGCUGUUACUAAUUCACAUCCUUCUCAUCGUUCCUCUUUUACGAUCAAAGAUGGGAGUGGAAAAUUAUCAUGUGACGGGGCUUGUAGGCGAAGGAUCUUUUGGUAAAGUCUAUAAGGGAAGAAGAAAAUUCACUGGCCAGACUGUUGCAAUGAAAUUUAUACUGAAGCAUGGUAAAAGUGAAAAGGACAUUGAGAGUUUGAGACAAGAAAUACAGAUCUUAAAAAGGUUAAAACACGAAAAUGUCAUUCAGAUGCUAGAUUUCUCUGAAAGCCCACAGGAGUUAUGUGUGGUCACCGAAUUUGCCCACGGUGAAUUAUUUGAGGUUAUUGAAGAUGAUAAAUGUCUUUCUGAAGAAGAAGUCCAGAAGAUAGCAAAGCAAUUGGUCAGAGCCUUGCACUACUUGCAUACAAAUCGUAUUAUUCAUCGUGACAUGAAGCCACAAAACAUCUUGAUUUGUGCCGGGGGUGUUGUUAAGCUUUGUGAUUUUGGGUUUGCACGUGCAAUGUCUGCAAAUACUGUUGCUUUAAGGUCAAUAAAAGGUACUCCUUUGUACAUGGCUCCAGAAUUGAUAAGAGAACAAGCCUACAACCAUACUGCUGAUUUGUGGUCUCUUGGGGUCAUUUUAUAUGAAUUAUAUGUCGGCCAACCUCCAUUUUACACAGAGAGAAUAUAUGAACUUGUUCAGCGUAUUACCAAGGCUCCUGUAAAAUACCCCGAUACCAUGAGUGAACAUUUCAGAAGCUUUCUUACAGGUUUGCUUAAUAAGGAUCCUCAAAGCAGGCUGACAUGGCCCAAUCUUCUUGAGCAUCCAUUUGUUGCAGAAACAGUAGAGGUUGUUCAGACUAGGGAUCUUAGUGCCAAUACGGCUGCUGCUAGAGACUGUGAUACUGCAUGUCCAGAAGGAUGCCAGCUGCUGGACAAGUUGGAAAGUGACUCUUGCACUGCUGAAGGUGCCAAGUCAAUCAUUCAAGACAAUGAAUUACUAUCAGCUGUUUUGCUGCCUCUCAAAAGUCAUCUGCGCAGGGAUGAAGAUGUUGUCGCUUCAAAGAAAUCGUUGAGAAUUCUCUUAAACUUGGUUGCUGCUAGUGCUAUUUGUGCUACAGGGAAGGUUGAUGAAAUAUUUGGGGAACUUAUAUGCUUCACUGCUAAUGUUGCGCGUAUGAAAAAGGCAGAUUAUAAUGACUUGCUGAUAAAGUGUUUUACACUUACAAAGAUGUUGCUGGAUAAGUGUGGCGGGGCGUUUGGAGAUUCUUCAUAUAUGAGGCAUUGGGUUGCCAUAGUGGAGCUCUACAAAGAGGUAUUUGGUUGCACAGAAGAUACUUACGAACGACUAUUGUAUGAAUCUAUUGCCUGCAUUUCUGUUAUCACAUCCCGAGUAGCACAAUGUUUAAAAGAUGCCCAGGAGGUGGUGGCAACUCCUUUGUUGGAUGCGUUUAAAGAGAUACUGGAUCCAAACGUAAUCAGAAGGGUACUUAAAAGCUCAUCAUCAAGAGAAGUCAUACUGGACACCUUGAAGAUAGUUUCAGAUCUAGCUCGUAUCGAUGAUGUUUUUUAUAUGCAUAUAAGUAAUGCAAAUAUUUUAGAAGUCUUGAAAGAGUUUCUUACACAUGAAGAUCCCAAAGUCCGUGCCAUGACUUGUAGUGCUAUUGGAAAUAUGUGCCGUCAUAGCUCAUACUUUUAUGGUUCGUUGAAAAAGCACAAUAUGAUUCGAGUAUUGGUAGAUCGUUGCUCAGAUCAGGACAAACACACUCGUCAUUUUGCUUGCUUUGCAAUUGGUAAUGCAGCAUACCAUAAUGACAUGCUUUAUGAAGACCUAAGGAGAUGUAUACCUCAACUUGCAAAUUUGCUGCUUUCGGGAGAAGAAGAUAAAAUGAGGGCAAAUGCAUGUGCUGCUUUGAGCAAUUUGGUCCGCAACUCCAAUAUACUUUGUGGAGAUAUUGUGUCUAAAGGAGCAUUGCAGGUUUUAUUGAAACUGGUGGCAGCUUGUAACAACAAAGAUCUUAUUGAUGAGUCCCAGCCUCUAAAAGUAGCUCUUUAUGCAUUAGGGAUGAUGUGUGCUCAUUCACACUGCAGACGCUUUAUUCGAUCAUCUACUCUUUAUCCCGUAAUUGAACAACUUUGUCACUCACAAGAAGCAGUUAUUGCCAAAUAUGCUUCUGUCAUUUCCACUACAGCACGCAAACCUUAAAGCUUCCAGCUCCACAUCUUGGCCUGAUUCAAGUGUAAGUAGUUAACCGACUAGUGCAAUCAGAUUACAUAACACAUUGCUUCUAAAGCUUUAAGGAAUUGAACAAUUGGAGGGUACAUGUUGUAAGUAGUACUAUGUUACACCUGUCUAUAUAAAAUUUCCAUGUUUCGUGACUUGGCGAUGUAUGGCAAUGUGAAAAGGUAUUUGGAGGGUCUUGAUGCCCAUAAGGACAUAA